CGAACCGAAUUCCAGUUUCAUGUCUCAUCAAGUCCAUUUUAAAUAGAUUGGUUAUAUAAAAGUCGCGUGUCUGGAUCAUUGGACGUCCUCGCGUGCCUUGUAAAAAUAUAUUAACGCCUUAGAGACGGUAAAAAGUGCAGUGAAAAAAUUUAGGUAAAUCGAACAGUCGGAGCUGUCAAGUCAAAACUUUCUUCCGGUCGACCGUGCGUGAUGGACGGCAGCGUUUUGGGGAGCGAAUUGUAAAUCGUAAUCUCGUUAUAAUGGUCUCUCCGAAAGCGGUGUUCGGAAUAUGUGCGGGCGUGUCGGCGACUUUAUUCCUGGGCUACUGCAUCUACUUUGACAUCCAGCGUCACAAGGAUCCGGACUUCAAAAAGAAACUCAGACAGAGACGCAGGGCGAACAAGCAAUGCAGCCAGAAGCGGGUCAACACGGUGUUCCCCGACAUGAAGGACCACGAGGCCGUGCAGCGGUUCUUCUUGCAGGAGAUCCAGUUGGGUGAAGAGCUGUUGGCUGCUGGUGACCUUGAGAGUGGGGUCGAUCACUUGGGCAACGCGGUCGCGGUGUGCGGCCAGCCGAACGACUUGCUACAAGUGUUGCAGCAGACCCUGCAACCACAGGUGUUCCACUUACUGAUCCAAAGACUGCCAUCGGUGGCUCCCCGAUUGAUGAAAGCACAACAGGCUCCCAGCGCUUCGCUUCAGGAAGAGGAUGUGGAGUAACUUUGUUGCCUUAGCUAGUCUCAUUGUUAGAUCGUUUCAUUACUAUUUUUCAUUGUACUUUUUUCACUUGUUAUUACGUGAGUAAUAAAGUUGUUGCAUCAAGCAAUACAAAUGAUCUAUGGUUUAUAUGUUUUUAUUUGAAUGUUUGAUUAUUUAAUGUAAAUAAUACUUGAUGUGCGCUGAAAUAUAUAAAGUAUUUCCCUA